ACUAUAUAUAUGUAUGAACCCACCGGCAUUUUAUCUUUUCUCAUGCCCUAGUAAUGAAAAUCAGCUGUCUGCAUUUGUAUUCAUAACUAUUACAAUCAAACACCGAUUUUUUUUCUUAUUUCCUUUCUAAUCAGACCUACAAAAACCACCAACGUUUAAGUUAACGAAUGUAGAAACAACCACCCCCUCCGCCGCCGUCUCCGCCGCCGCCGACAAGUAAAUUUUAUACAUACAGAAGAUGAUGAUGAUGCUGAGAAGAAAUCCAAAGCCCCUCUCAGCAGUUUUAGCGCGCUUUGGUUCUUUGGCGAGUAGCAAAGUUAGUCCUUCAUCUGAUGAUGCCCUAGCUUGCUUUUACAACAUGCUAAAUACGAACCCCUUACCUUCCGUACAUGAAUUUAACAAUUUAUUCUCUCGACUUGUUAGAACGAAACGUUUCGAGACUGUAAUCUCUUUGGGGAAAGAGAUGGAAUUAGUUGGAAUUCAGUUUGAUGCUUACACUUUGAAUAUUUUAAUUAAUUGCUAUUGCAAUGUACAUCGUGUCGAUUUCGGAUUCUCUCUGCUAGGAAAAUUGGUUAAACUCGGGUUUCGGCUUGAUGUUAUUGUGUUUAAUACGUUAAUCAAUGGCCUUUCUAGACAGGGCAAAGUUGAUGAAGCAGUUCAACUGUUUCAUGAUAUUGUUGCCAAGGGAUAUCAACCUGAUGAUUUUACCUAUAGUGCGGUUGUUAAUGGUCUUUGUAAAUAUGGAAAGACGGAAAUGGCUGUCAGUUUUCUCCGUGAAUUGGGUUGUCGGGUGAAUGUGGUAGCUUAUAGUACAAUAAUUGACAGCCUUUGUAAGCGUAAAAGCUUUUCGGAGGCGUUAGACCUCUUUUCGGAAAUGAAGGGGAUGGGCAUUUUGCCUAAUGUUGUCACUUAUACGUCUUUGAUUCAUGGUCUUUAUAAUGCAGCGCGGUGGAAGGAAGCUUUAGCUUUACUUAACGAGAUGCUGGAUUUGGGUAUUACACCGAAUUUGGUUACCUUCAGUGCGUUAGUUGAUUUACAUUGUAAGGAAGGGAAGGUUUCUGAGGCUCAUGGUAUAGUCGAAACGAUGAUUAAGAGAGGGAUACAGCCGGAUGUUGUCACCUACAGUUCGUUGAUGAAUGGAUAUUGUUUGAAGAACCAGAUAAGUCAAGCUAGAAAUGUGUUUGAUGAGAUGGUUAGUAAAGGCUGUACACCUAAUGCUCAUACUUACAACAUUUUAAUUAAUUUGUACUGUAAGAGCCAAUUGUUAGAUGAGGCAAAAUUUCUUUUUGAUGAAAUGCAUCGUAAUGGUUUAAUGGCCGAUGUAGUUACUUGUAAUUCUCUUAUACAAGGAGUCUGUCAAGUGGAGGGCCCUUGGGCUGCCCUACAGUUUUCGGAGAAGAUAGAUGCUCCUCGAAAUAUUUUGACUUACUCAAUUUUGCUAGAUUGCUUUUGUGAACAUGGGCAUCUUGAUAUGGCAUUGACCCUAUUUGAUGAAAUGCAAAGGAAUAUGAUUAAGCCUGAUUGUAUUGUCUAUACUAUUCUCAUCAAAGGCAUGUCCAAAGCCGGGAAGCUUGACGAUGCAAAGCAACUGUUCUCUAGACUUUCCAAAGAAGGGUUGCAGCUUGAUGUUCAAAUAUACAAUACUCUGUUUGAUGGCCUUUGUAGAGGAGGGUUGCUAGAUGAAGCUUAUGUGCUCUUUAGAAAAAUGGAAUCAGAUGGCUGCUUACCAGAUAGACGCUCUUAUAAUGUGAUUAUCCAGGGAUUUCUACAGCGCAAGGAUCUACCAGCAGCAAAACAGCUCUUUGAUGAGAUGGUUGAUAAGGGUUUUCCUGCAGAUGCCACCUCAACCACCUUUCUAGGAGAUUUAAAAGCUAUUGAAUCUAUCCUUGUGUGAUCAAAUAUAAAGGCUUCCAUUUAUGAGUUCACAGAGGCUAUCAAAGGUUAUCGAGUUAUAUUUCCUGAUUUGGAGAAGCAACGGAUUAAACUAUGCCAAGACAUGAUAACCAAGCACUUUGAAAUCACUGAAGAAUACAUAAAGGACCGGGUUUCUGUUGCGAAAUUUCUGGAUAUUUUCCGAACUAUUUGGAGAGAGGUGCUCCUGUUGAAUAAAGUGUUGCAUGAGGCUUAUCUUCCCGAUUACUCUCUGGAGGUCAUACUUUGUUCUUUUAUGCUGGAUGACAAUCUAUUACACAUCUCUUUGCUACCCCAUCUGAAAUGAGAGAAUUCCCUUGUUAUUUCCAAGAAUGGUACCAGGUUUUGGAUUGAUCUUGGUGUGUUUUCAGGCUCGUGGUGUGUUGUCAAGCAAUAUGUCAGCAAGCUCAUUUUCUCCCCUUCUGCAUGAUAUCUCAGGUGAUUAUUGCAAUUUUGAUGAAGAUUUGCCUCAAUAGUUACAUAUUAAAAGUGACUUGGUCCAGGGUUUUUAUUAAGUGUUUAGAAAGGAUAAUAAUGCUAUAAAAGUUCCUUGGAGUGACAUAGCUCAUAUGAUAACUGAAUAAAUAGGGAAUGAGCUGUGGAAAACAUGUAAUUUAAGUUACGUGGCAUAGAAACAGUUUUCAAUGGCAGUAAAGUAACUAUGGGAUGUGUCUGUUAUGUUUAGCAAGAAUCUGUCAUAAAAGCUAUAAUAAAAUUCUGCCUAAAAAGUUUGCAAGAAUUUGUCCAACUCCAGGCCUUCAACCAGAAUGGAUUUCAGAAAAUUCAAUUGGAUAUUCAGUUCUUAAGGGCUCCUUCUAAGGAUGUAUGUAAAGAUAAAGCAGCGGUUGAUUUACUACUGGAUGAGGUGAUUGUUGGUGCUUCGGAACUUUGUCUUGAUCCUAUUCCUCCAGAGCCUCCCAUUUUGGACCAACUUAUACAAGCAAAGUUGGCCAAAAAGAAGGAACACAGCGGGGUUACUCCAUAAUUAGGGAGGUUCAAAUCUGUGGCCGGCAUUGUUUUUGUGAGAAAUUAAAAAUGAAUGUGGCUGGAAGAAUGGAUAACUUUGCAUGGUAAGAUGAUCUGACUCUGUCUCAAAGUGUCACAUACAAGGAUCCAGAAAUGCACAAAGUAGUCAUAUAGAAAUAGGAUAAACAAGUAGUAAAUUUCUUAGCAGUGUGCACACCAGUUAUGAUUGUUGACGAGGUUUAUGAUAUGAUUUUAUUGGAUCGGUUCGGAGCCAGUGGUAGAUACGUCUUUUUGGGGCUCACGAGGUUAUUGAGUGAUAGUCUGAUAGUCGGGACUGGUUAGCACUGGCACAACACUUGGAUUAUAUAUGUAUUAUGAUUUUAUAUGUUAUAUAUAUUGUGGAUUAGGGUUCCAUUGUUAUCCGUAACGGUCAACCAUAUUUUCAAAUGUCUUUAAGGAUAUUAACUUAUUAAUUGUAUAUAAUGAUAUGAAUUCACUCAGUAUUA